ACUGUGCUAGCACGUGUUGGUUGUAGUUCCACGUUUAUUUUCAUAUAGCUUUUCUAUAAUUAAUUGAAAUAUAAGUGAUUAAAAAAUAAUGGCUACAAAUGAGCAAUUAAUAUCCGCACUCGUGCUAGAGUAUUUAAAGAAAAGAGAUAAGAAUUUAGCUAAAGUGUUUCAACAGAAAACAAAUGCGGGUACCGUCGGUAAAGGUUUUCCAAAGUUGGAGCAAAUUAUUGAAAGCUAUCAACAAAGUAACAAGAAGAAGGUGCCCGUGAUCAAAUCGAUUGCAGGCGACUCAAGUGAUGAGGACAGUUCUUCAGAAGAAGAAACAGCAGCACCACAGACUAAAAAACCUAACGUUGCUUUAACCAAUGGUAAGGCUGUUGCAUCGAAAGGUAAAGCGAAAGAAUCUAGCUCCGAUGAUAGUAGUUCCGAAGAAGAGGCUGCUCCAGUAGUUAAAAAACCAGAAUCUAAAGCAAAGAAGGAUGAAUCUUCAAGUGAAGACAGUUCUGACAACGACGAGAAACCCGCAGUAAAAAAUAAUGUGAGCAAACCGGUGACACAACAGACGAAAGAGAGUUCUUCUAGUGAAGAUAGUUCUGAUGACGAACCUCAAGCCAAAGCACCUGUCAAACCUGUUGCCGCAAAUAAAGUGCAACAGAAACAAAAGCAAGAGUCAAGCAGUGAGGAAUCUGAUAGUGAAGAAGAAACUAAACCAUCAAAAACACCUGUAGUUAAAAAUGUUGCAAAGAAAGGUGACACUGAAGACAGUUCGGAUGACAGUGAUAGUGAAGAAGAAAAGGCUAAACUCGCACAGAAGCCGGUACCUGCCAAAGCUGUUGCCGCACAGAAAAAAGAUGACUCUGACAGUGGUUCCUCCGAAGAAAGUGAAGAAGAUGAUAAAUCCCCCAGGGUUGCCCCCGCUAAAGCCAAGGCAGGUGUUAAAGCAGCCAGUUCUUCUGACUCAGAUUCGGACAGUGAAGACGAAAAACCUAAAGUUGCCGCUGCAAAGAAGACCGUAGUUAAAGCUGCGGUUACAAAGAAAGCUGACUCAUCUAGUGAGGACAGCUCCGACGAAGAUUCCAAACCAGAUGCCAAGAAGGUAGCAGCAAAGAAAGAAUCCAGUUCAGAAGACAGCUCUAGUGAUGAAGAAACUCCCGCUGUUUUACCGGCUGUAAAAAAGAAUGUUGUCCCGAACAAAACUAAAAAAGAUUCAAGUAGUUCCGAAGACAGUUCAUCCGAUGAUGAAGAGCCUCCAGCGAAGAAAGCAGCACCUGCAAAAGCUGCUGCACCAACUAAAAAGAAAGAUUCUAGCUCUGACGAUUCAUCCUCUGAUGAUGAACCACCAGCAAAAAAACAAGCUGUAGGGGCUGUUAAGGCUGUGGCUGUAAGCAAGAAAGCUGAAUCAUCCAGUGACGACAGUGAUUCUGAUGACAGCGAAAACGAGAAAGCGAAGCCUAAGCCAAAAGUUUUAGCACCAGCAAAGGCACAAAAGAAAGAGGAAAGCAGCUCUGAUGAUGACGACGACGACGAGGACAAUGACGAAGAAGAGAAGCCCAAACCAAAAGUUGGAGAAAAGCGAAAAUUUGAUGAUUCUGCUGCUGGAAAAAAUCAGUCUAACAAUAAAUAUAAUAAUUUCGUUAAAAGCGGCGAAGGCAAGCCACAACAAAAAGGUUUUGCCUCUACACCAAAUUUUAAUGGUAAAGCAAAGUUUAAUGAUCAAAGAAAAUCGAAUGGUGAAGUGAGGAAAAAUACACCCUUUAGAAGAGUGCGUGAAGAGGAGGUAGAAAUAGAUGCACGGGUAAAAGAUAUGUCAUUCGAAGCCAAGAGAAAUGCAUCUGGUUCGUGGGGUGAACGAGCGAACAAAGAUUUGAAAUAUACACGUGGAAAGUCAUUUAAACAUGAAAAAACCAAGAAGAAGCGUGGAAGUUAUCGUGGGGGUCAAAUUGACAUGGGUGUUAACUCAAUUAAAUUUGAAUAACAAUUUUAAAAUUCGCUCUAUAUAUAACUUGCAUUAGUAUCAAUGCUAAUUAAUGUAAAAGAUUAAGAAAUUUAGUUAUAGUGUAGUUUAAGUAAUCUGAAUACAUCUGCAUUGUAUAUAAUUUUACAAUAUGUAUGUGUGUUUCCGAUGUGAGAACUAAAUAUUCUUGAAACAAAGAAAUAAAGUCAUAAACAUCCUUUUUCACCUAUGUGAAUGAAUGGUAUUUAUAAAACUAA